AUGCGAAGGUUCAUAGAAUCGGGGCCAAAGAUUGAGGAAAUCUUCCCCAAGAUGUUCCCUAAGGAAUGUGAGGUGUGCAAACGCAAGGAUAACCUCUUGCGCUGCGGAGGAUGCAGCGUCUACUGGUACUGUGGUCGCGAGCACCAGGUUUCCGACCGGUCAACCCACAAAGGAACAUGCAACCAAAUCAAGGGCGCCAGGACAAAGGUGGAGACUCUUGAGUCAAAACUGCGAGCCGACGCACCAGAAUACCUCGAAGCCUACGCCGGCAGACUGUGGAUGUUCCAGCCCGCUCGGGACUACUUGACCGCAGUCGCCAAUUACGGCGAGCUUUUGGUCAGAUCGUGGCGGCGACAAGGCAUCGAGGACGCGUUGGAGGUCUACCUUAAAAUACUGCAGUUGAACCGGGGCGAUAAUCAAGGUGUGCGAGACCUGAUUCCGGCACUGUAUAUCCGACUCGGGCGCGACCAAGAAGCCUACGACUUCCUCAAGUACUGGGGCCUUCAAUUCAACAAUAAGCUUGAUAAGGAGCAGCCCUUCCUGGGCGUCAAAAGGGCUGAUGCAUUCGAGGACGUUGAGCUCUGGACGGGCAAAUCCCUCUACCUCACGCACGCCGUCAGCGUCCUCUUGAUCAAAAUUCGGCUCCUGAUAGGCAUCCAAUCUGUGCAGCGCAUGAAGGCCUGGAAAGCGAGCAAGGGCGAGGACGUCGCCGCCAUGUCGGGCGCUGAGGUCCUCGACUGGCUCCGUGAUGACCUUCGUCCAUUCUGCGGAGACAUCUUUGAGCGUGCGCCAGAAGUUCUUGGCGAUGAUGCUCUACUGGAACAGACGUUGUCUGAGGUGGUCGACCGGAUUUCGGCGCUAUUCCAAGCCAUCAACCGUUACAACAAGUACUACCUGGCCACCCUGCUAAACCCGGAAGAAUCGGAUUUCGAGUCCGAAGUGGUGGGCUACACGUUGGGAUCCGAAGAAGAGGCGAAGUUGGCCUUUAAGCGGACCUAUUCGGCGUGGUGCGAGACAGAAGGGGCAAUUAAGGGGUUGCGGAACAUGAUAUCCAACGGGCUUGCAGAAUAA